ACUGGACCAUGUGCUUGUUUUCGCUCUCCUCCUCACCUGAUUCUCGCUCUGGCUAUUAUAUAUAUAUGUAAUCACCAUGGUUUUGUUGUCUCUAUUCCGAUGAUGCUAAUGGGUCCCCCACCUCAUUUCGUGACAUGGGUUGCAGCCUCUUUGUAGAGUAUUUGUAUUUGGAGAGAGAGAGAGAGAGAGAGAGAGAGAGAGAGAGCUCUUUUUAAAAUUUUUUGAAGCAAAUAAAAAAGCUAUUCUCCUUUCCUGACCCCUCACGUGUAAUCUUCUUCACAACCCCCUUCCUCUCUUUUGAACUUCACCUCAUAUCACACACACACACACACACACACACACACACACACACUCAACACUCACGAACCUUGCGAAAGAAAAAGUGGGUUUUGGUGGUAAUGGUUUGUAGUCUUAUGUACACGCGACCUCAUGCAGUGAGUGAGAGAGAGAGAGGGAGAGAGAGAGAGAGAGAGAGAGAGAGAGAGAGAGAGUGUGUGUUUGUGCGGGCUGCAUACAUAAAGGUAGUAUGAAGAAGCUUAAUUAGAGAGAGAGAGAGAGAGAGAAGGGGGGAGGGAGAGAGAGAGCGCAUACAUACAAUGAGUAGUACACUCGGAGGACUAUGUUCGAGUGAGCUCCCCAGCUUCUUCAUCUACGACACCAUCAACGCCACGCAGCUCCACUACACCAACCCCUCGGAAAGCGCGGCGGUGCUCGGCCCCGCGCCGCCCGAGGCAGCGGCGGCGGCGGCGGUGGAGCAGCAGCAGAUGAGGGUGCAGGGAGGGAAGAGGAAGCGGCGGCGGCGGCCGAGGAGCGGCGGCAGCAAGGAGGAGGUGGAGAGCCAGCGGAUGACGCACAUCGCCGUCGAGCGCAACCGCCGCCGCCUCAUGAACGACCACCUCGCCGUCCUCCGCUCCCUCAUGCCCGACUCCUACAUCCAAAGAGUACUAUAUACUAAUUAAUAAUUAAUGCAUUCAUUCGUUAAUUAAGAUUUAAGUUUCUUCGUCUCGAACUCGAACUCGUGACUUUUUUUCUUUUUUUUGUUGUAAAAUCUCGUCACUCAAACUACCACUAGAAUUUUAAUAGUUUUGACAUUAAAGUGUACAUUGUGCAAUAUUAUCAGUGCAUUUCAAACAAGCUCGGAAUUUUCCGGUUUGAGUGAGUUUUUGGAAAUUCGUACAGUAUGCAUGUUUAUAUUUGUACUGUGAUACU